AAUAAAACCAGCAUCUUUUAAAGAGUGAUCCUUAACAUAUUAACCUAAAAUCACACCUUUAUAAUAUAAGGAAAAUGUUUUAAAAUAUUAUGAGCAAUGAAAGCUUCAACUUCAUCAGCAGCAGAUGAUUUCACAUGAAGUUAAAUGAGAUGCGUUUAUUCGGAAGCCCCGCCUCAUGUAGGCCACGCCCGCUGCACACUAGCCCCGCCUCUCAGCAGCUGCAGUAUAAACAGAGUGGAGUGACAGAAGGAGGAGGAGUGAGACUGACAGCAGCACGCUGAUCAUCUGAGGUGUGUGUGUGUCAUAAUAAUGAUUUAACACAAUGUGUGUGUGUGUGUGUGUGUGUGAGUGAUUGAUGGAUGUUGCGGCUGCAGGAUGCGCAGGAGCAGCGCUUAUAUCCCCGUGUCCACCGCUGCCGCUAUUCUGGUCUCUUCAUCCACACUUUUCUUCGUCUUCACGUGUCCGUGGCUGGCUGUGAGUGUGUCUCCUGCUUUUCCACCAUGUGUCGGGGUCCUGUUCCUCUUUGUGAUGGCAAACUUUACCAUGGCCACGUUCAUGGACGCCGGCGUGUUCCCGAGGGCUAAUGAAGACGAGGAUAAGGAUGAUGACUUCCGCGCGCCGCUCUACAAGACUGCGGAGGUGCGCGGCGUACAGGUGCGCAUGAAGUGGUGCGGCUCAUGUCACUUCUACAGACCACCCAGGUGUUCACACUGCAGCGUGUGUGACCACUGUGUGGAGGACUUUGAUCAUCACUGCCCGUGGGUGAAUAACUGCAUCGGCAGACGGAACUACCGCUUCUUCUUCCUCUUCCUGCUGACUCUGAGUCUCCACAUGGUGGGUGUGUUUUCUGGAGCUCUGCUGUUUGUUCUGGAUCACCUGGAGAACCUGUGGGAGCCGCACGCCGCCGUCUCACUGGCAGUCAUGAGUGUCUCUGGCCUGUUCUUCAUCCCUGUGCUGGGCCUGUCCUGUUUUCAUCUGGUGCUGGUGGCCAGAGGACGCACCACCAAUGAGCAGGUCACCGGGAAGUUCCAGGGUGGAGUGAAUCCAUUCACCCGCGGCUGCUGUCAGAACCUCCAGUUCCUGCUCUUCAGCCCUGUCACACCGAGGUACACUGGGAAAGUCAGCGACAGGCUAGCAGUUUGCAUUCAGCCUCCUUUCCAUCAGCCAGAACCACAUGAUCUGACUCCAGUGAAGAGUAACGAUAGCAGCAUCCAGAGCCAAACUCUGACGCUCAAGUGUCUAGAUGAAGAUGAGGAUCCAGACAGUAAGCGUCUGACCACUCCUCCUCCACUACCUCCUAAACCAGAUCCAGUCCUGCUCAGGAAUCAUCUGGCUGUGCUGGAAGAGAGCCUGCUUCAGUCCAGGGCGCUGCUGCCCUCAGGACACAACAUGAGUCCGCUUCAGUCCUCAGAGUCGCCCACUAAAGAGCUCUAUCAGCUGACUAGAGAUCAGAUGGGGAUGAGGAUAUCUCCUCUACUCUCUCAGGAACAUGCGUCUGAGCCCAGUCUGCUCCAGUCGGACAACCACAUGUCUCUUCAGCCCAUAAACUCUCUGACGCUGAACUCCUGCUCUCUGAGCCUGAAACACUCGGCCCGCCGAGGCUCACAGCGGGCAGAAACUCAGGCUCCACAAACCAUCCCUACACCCAGCGCCCUCAGCAGCCGCUCCGGGAGUCUUUCCUACGACAGUCUACUGCGUCCAGCGGGACACCAGAUGCAGUUCAGACCCACAGAUACAAAUCUGUCCCGUGGACCAGUGCGCACCUGCAGCCCGGUGUUCCUCACAGGACAGUCCCCGCAGCACCGCGAGCCGUCCCCUGUCUGCUACGACAGCCUGCCGAAACCCGUCAUGAGCUCAAUACAGGAGCGCCGCGAGCCCGAAGAUAAGCACAGCAGCACUGCGGACGCCAGCGGGAUCUACGAUGUGCCCAGCAGACGCAGCCUCCCACAGGAUUUCCGUGGGUCUCGGGGCGCAACUCCUCCGGCAUACGGGUCCCGGGAGUUCCUGCUGAGCAGCGCGGCGUACGGGUACAGCAGCCGCUCACAUCUGUCCUCAUCUUCAUCUUCAUCUCUGACCCGCGCUACUCCUCGCACCGCUAACUCUCCGCUGCACUUUAACCGCUCGCUGUCGCCAUCGUUCUAUCAGUCUCUGGAGCGGCAGGUGUUCCCGCCCGGAUCCUCGUACGGGCCGCAGAAAACACUGGCCCUCAUUAGAGGAGAACAGCAGACACAACAACAGCCCUGAACACAUGGACAUCAGGGACACACACAGAUGGAAGAGUUGUGUUUCUAUGUCCAUUACCUACUCUUAAUAAUAAUAAUAAUAAUAGGUGAGAGUAGGAGCGUAGAUUGACCGGCAGAGCGCUUGAUUUACUGGUCAAUCUACGUUCCUCCUCUCACCUAUGGUCAUGAGCUUUGGGUUAUAACUGAAAGGACAAGA